GAGAGGCACUGAGAAGGGAACACACACUUUUACUGACUCUGAAACACAUGCACACACGCACACACACACAAACAAACAAACACACACACACACACAGUCACACAGACAAAGACAAGUGGCCUAUUGUACACAUACACACACACACACACACACACACACACACACACACACACACACACGCACACACACAUACACUUAUUUUGCUGGACUCUGGACUGACCACUCAAGGAUACAUCCCUCAGGACUCUGUUUCCCAUCAUGCACCAGAGGAGCCUCUCUGAGCUCCAGGGGGUCUCCACCCAGCGGGGGGUCUCGCCCCGAAGGACUACCCAAGAUCGAGCCUCAUGGAGCUCCAGGCUGAGGAGGGGGUCCGGGCGCCGGUGCCUCUGUCCGCCGAGGGAAGCUCCUCUCUGGGCAUGGCUCCUGCUCGGGGCCCUGGUGGUUCCUGGAGCCUGGAGCUUUCUGAGCGAGGAGCAGGAGGAGCUGCUGGUGGAGCUCCACAACCAUUACAGAGGACAGGUCUCACCCAGUGCCUCAGCCAUGCUGCCUCUGAGAUGGGACCCGAGCCUGAAGGUGAUCGCAGAGGGCUACGCUGCUAAAUGCGUCUGGAACCACAACCCAGAACUAGAGGACACCGGAGAGAAUCUGUUCGCCGGUACCGGGCCGCUGGACCUCCGAGAGGCUCUGGAGAAAUGGUUCCUGGAACGUCUGGACUAUGACUUCCAAAACAACAGCUGUGAUGAAGAAAAGAUGUGUGGCCACUACACACAGAUGGUGUGGGCAGACACACACAGAGUUGGCUGUGCCUUCCAUGUCUGUAACAACAUGGAGGGUCUGGACUGGGAAAGAGUCUCCUACCUCGUCUGCAACUACUACCCAGCAGGGAACUACGAGGACGAGAGGCCGUUUGUUGAGGGUGAAUGGUGCUCCAGAUGUCCUGAAAACCUCCAGAAAUGUGAAAACAACAUGUGUGUUGCUGACACGGAGGACGAGGACGAAGAUGAUGAAGAGGACGUGGUGGAAGAGGACGUGGUGGAAGAGGACAUGGUGGAAGAGGACGUGGUGGAAGAGGAUGUGGUGGAAGAGGAGGUGGUCAAAGAGGAGGUGGUCGAAGAGGAGGAAGAGGUUGUUCCUCCUCCAGCAACAACUGAACCCUCUCUCCAGCCUGCAGAGGAGGAAGAGGAGGAAGAGGUUGUUCCUCCUCCUGCAACAACUGACCCUUAUGUCCUGCCUGCCACCACCACCACCAGUAUCACCACAAUCACCUCCUCCACACGGGACUCUGAGGACGCCCAACCAGCAGCCACACCUGCCCCAGGCACACACCCUCCAGAAGUCACCCCAACACCGGGAACUAAGAAGAAGAUUGAAGGAAAGAAGGAGAAGGAGGAAGAGGAGGAGGAGAUAAUAAAGGAAACUGCGGAUAAGACGGAGGGAGAUGUAAAACGAAACAUUUACGAAAACAAGAAAGUUAUGACUGCCGGUGCUGAUUCAGUGUCCUCACCUUCUCUCCUGUUAGCCUGUCUGACUGGGAUGCUGACUCUGAGGCUGUGAGGAGGAGGAGGAGGAGGAGGAGGAGGAGGACACCUCACCACUCCUGUGUUGACUGCACAUUACCUUGAUAACCCGCCCUGUUGUAACAAACACUUUCACAUCCCUCCCCCUGCAGAGUAAUAUGGGUUCAUAAAUAAUUCACAGAAGACAGAUGCCAUGUUCACAACAUCUGCAUGUAGUCUGGGCCGAGCUCCGGCUCGAGUACUGUGCACAUAACCUGCUUCAACCUGCUCGCAAUACAAAAGAUAUUCCAGCCAGUAAGUUACAAGCCACUGACAAGAACUACAUUUGGUGUAUUCAUAUAAAGUAAACACAUUUAACGCAUCUGUACGGGUGUUAAUGAGGGGAAGCCAACACAUUCUCACAACACACUCAUCAUAUAGGGAUGUUUGGGCACUGGGACUAUGCGUCACGCUGUCACCUCUCUACGGUCAGUUGUGCACGUGUGUCAAUUUACACUCUUUGCAUCCAGCAAAGGUUUACUUACUCAACAAAACUAUUUAGUGAGGCUUAGGAACAGAUUGUGCUUUGGGUUAAAAUGUUGUUUGUUAAGUAUCUGGCAUUAGAUAAGUAAGUGAGUUACGUAACAUAAGUGGGGGACAUGUACAGCAGCCUCCUGGGUGAAAGUCCUGUGUUUGUUUGAUUCAUCCAUCCUCCUCUCCCACCGGCCCUACGAGGACUUUGUCGCUUUUUAUACAACGGCAGUUGCUCUGACAUUUAAAAGUCGUUAUGUCUGUAAGUUGACGUGCAACAACCUGUGCAGCUGCAUCCCGUCUGGGACAUCUUUCUCUUCUUAUUUUUUGCGGAUGUAAGAAAAUAUGCGGCUAGAUGAAAUUCAUAACCCCGCCCGCAUACGUGGCUCUGAUUGGCCAGAUUCUUUCUACAAAUGGUGGAAACAGCCGUGACUGAGAACAACUCCAGACCGGAUUCAGAGUUCUGAAACUAGGCUAGCAGUUUCCCCUUGUUUCCAGUCAUUGUGCUAAGCUAGGCUAAUUAUAUCCCACAUCUUACUUUGGACAGUGAGCACAUAUAGAUGUUCUCAUCUAGUACAACUCAAAAGUAAUCCUUUAACGUGAGAGCAGACCGAGGUGAAUAAGCUUCAGGUGUUAAGAAUACAAUUAAGUCCAUCCCUUAGUCCAUCCACGUUUAACCAAAUCAGGUUUUAAAGUUCACCAUGAAGUGAAGCUGCUUCAUUAAACACAAUGACAAAUAAAACACCAAAAAUGGUCUCAAAGCUUUUCAACCACAAAUGUGUUAAAUUACAGAUACAGUUGCUUUUUUGUGACAUUAAAAUAUGUUAAUCUGGUGAGUUGUGUAACCAGAGACACAGAGCGUGGAGCUUUAGCACCGAAAGGGUUUAAGGUCUGUAAGAAGAGGUUACUUUGCUGCUCGUGUCCGUUUGUAUCCACAGGGGGAUUUAAAUAUACGUACAUUAUCAUCUCGUGUGGAAGAACCACUGUAAAGAUAAAGUUAAAGCAACAUUUGUUAUUGUGUUAAUGUUUUUAUUAUUUAGUAAAUGCAGGAGAAACGACUGCUGAAGUCUUUGUUGUGUUUCACUCUGACGACCCUGCUUCAUCAUCUUCUUCACAUUAUAUCUACUGUCGUCGUAUACUCAGACUGGAAACUACAACUGGACAGAGUCUCUCAUAAUUUACAUUAUCUCUGUUACACUGUGUUAGGAAGUUAUCAUAACAAUCUUCAAUAACUUUAGUAAAAAUUGCUGUAAAUGUCUGUAUAUAAGAUUAAUAAAGAAAUAAACCUUGUUUCUUCUUUUUGACAUUUCA